UUUGUUGCAAAAGUGUUUACACAAAACUGGUUUUUUUCGUAGGUCUGUGCUCUGUGGAAUUUGAUCAAUUUCACAGUUUGCACCAGUCAGUUCUAAUGUAAUGAGAUGAUUAAGCAAGCAAAAUACUACCAUGAAGUUUAACAAACAGGAACUAAGUAAUCUGGCCUGCCAGUCUUCCAAUCGGUUCAUCAAAGAAGGCGCUCUUGUCGUGUACGAGAAACAAGAUGGUGUUAUUUUCAAGCGUAAUGAGAAUUUAGAUGAUGUGGAUAGCAAGUCUAAGAAAUCCAACAGGAGGAAAUCCCUCCGCAAUCUUAGCUGCUAUGGAGGUGCUCUGAGUAGAGUUGCCACAGAGCGCUGGUGCAGAUUGCGAGGAAAUAUGCUUUUCUACUUCAAGUCCAGUGAAGCUUGGUCAGAACCUGCUGGUGUAAUCAUUCUUGAUAUUGGAAAUAUUCAUGUAGAUCCUGUUCCUUUUGAUGGAACAUGGCCAUUUACUUUGGUAAUGGAAAGUGGUGGUGGAGAUCAGCGCUUAGCUGCAUGCUCAGAAGGCGAGCGAGAUAGCUGGAUUGAAGUACUUCAUAGGGCCUCAUACUCAUACAUUCGAGCACAAGUUACAUCUUUGCAGAUGCAAUUGAAAAAGCUGCAAGUAGUACCAACACUUACGCUUAAUAACCCAGAAGUUGGAGAAGUACCUUUGAUGGAGCUAGCAAUCGCCUGCGACAAUCUACGUUGUGACGGCCAUGGCUGGCCACCGUCUCCCCAAGCCGUUCUUCACUAUCUUGUCCCACAGUCAUUCCAGUGGCAACAAGUUGGACAGACAGAGAGUGUUGAAGAUUGCAGCAAUCCAAUAUUUUUGGUUACUCUGCCUCUUUGGUGCAGUAUGGGGAUGCAACACGACACCAAAUUGCGCUUGACUGUAACUGAUGUCAAAGAAGCCAUGAGUAGAACACACAUAAUGAUUGGAGCUAGCGAAUUUACUUUGUCUUCCCUAUUGCAGGAUGGGACGCUUAAACGGCGCUUACCAUUGAUCUCUUCUUCCGGUAAUCAAGUUGGCUUCGUGACUGUAGCGGGUCACACAGUUAUCGACUUGGGCGAUGCCCUACGUAAUUCCAGCAAUCCCCAAUCACCACAAGAGGAGAAUUUGGUCUUACAUCAACAUAGAAGAACGCAAUCUUUACCACCAAAAUUGCUAACGGAACUUCGUCGACCAUCACAAGGCUGGAUCUCAGUCUAUUUUACGCAGUCUAUCUCACGCUCCUAUCGCUUUCAUUCAGGAUUGGGUGGUGAUAUAGUGGUACACGAAUCGAUGAUGGAGUCAAGGUUGAAUAACAUCGUGCCUGCUCAACUUUUAAAAUUAUGGAUUAAUCAGGAAAAAGAUCUCGUACGUGAACUGGUUGCUUUAGGAGAAAUGAUGGCUUCUCCAUGGCAACAGCGGUUGCUUCAGCUUUUUGAAAGACACUUUCGGCGCAUUGGAGAUUACACUCAGGCCCUUGAAUCAGUAGAAGGAGCGACAUCCUUUUUUCGGCCAAGUUCUCAGAAGGAUAAAUCUACUUUACAGUACUGCCCAGUAAAUCUCCAUCUUCAAAGGUUUUGGGGGCAGAAUAGCAGUUUGCGAAAGGAGGGAACUUACGAUUGCCUAACUGUUGGAGCCUUCACCGCAAUACCACAUGGUUUCAAAGGUGGGGGCUUGCUCAAAUUACUUAGAAACUUUCAUACUUCGGCCAUGCAAAUAGACCACGUUUUGCCUGCGCGUGAAGCUGUCCAGACAGCCUGUCAAACUCUUCGCCAUAUUCAGGGCGCUGUCAAGUUGCUCCUAGGCGCUGGAGCAAUCCAACAAGAUUUUUCGGCUAUUUUGAAAAUUGUAGAAUCACUUAUUAAAAGAGUCCGUUCCCUUACGAUCCUGCUAGAUGCUCCUUUUGUUGGCAAUGCUCUGAGUUUUUUUGAGAAAAAUAAGCUCUCAAAUGCUACUGUUUCGCCUACUCUUGCCGAUUUUUCAUUACUCCCAUUACGCUCUAUGGCCGAGCGCCUAGUCCUUGAUACCAGUAGUAGCAGGAAAACAUUUUACUCAGCUUCAGAUGAACCUGAACCAACUGAUCUCAUUCGUGUCAAUCUUGAAGCAUCUCUUUUGGCACUUGCUGGAAAAUUGCAGAUUCUUCUUAAAUUGCAACCCAAGAUGAGUAAUAACAACAGCCAAUUAGAACAAGCUCCCGGCCUUGCAUCUCUUUUGGACAAAUAUGAAGGAAGAUUAUAUACAGAUUCUGUUGACAGCGUUAAUAAGAAUGUCGAAAAUCAAAAUGAUUCGACAAUGGAUAGUGCAAAUACUGAAAAGAGCAAUCAGAAGUGGUGUACAGAGCUCUCCCCUUGCCUUUCCAAACUCUUGUCAGCUGCCCAAGCAUUGAUCAAAACUUUGCGACUUGUCCAUGGCGUCCAGCGACUUCAAGAAGAACUUCCUCGAUCGGCUACGGCUCAUUCGAUUCAACAUCGACGUGACGUUUGCUUUUCUCAAGCUCUUACCGCUGCGCUGACUAUCCUUGUCGCCCGAUUGUGUUGCAAUCCGGUUGAUCCUGAGCUGAUGGUUUUAUUAAGCAAUGCCGGUCUCCUUUUGAAUGUUGAAGGGCUUUUGACGCCCUACCGUACAGAAGCGGGCAUGUGGUCUGAUAUGGCCGUGGCCUUGGAAGAUCUCGCUGCAGUAAGAUUCCUCCUUAUUCCUGCGUCUGCCACCUCCAGCACAACUAAUAAUCCAUCGCCAAAUUCAACAAAACAAGCCACCUCCAUACCUAAAGAAUAUUUACCUCAGAUACAUGGUUGUAGAGACGCUCUCCAAGUUAUGAUCCCAGUUCCCCCCACAGUAUUUUCCGCUCUGCCGUCUAGUGCGUCUCGACUUGGUUUGAUCGAAUUUCAGUUAAUUCCCGUAUUUUUUAAUAUCGGCGUAAACGAGCAAGCCCUUAUGGCUGACAAGUUUGGCGAUAUGUCAGCUGUAAAUGCUACCAACCUACAGAGUUUUGAACGGUUGGAUAUCUAUUAUAAACGUUACCAAAAACUGAUCACUGAGCAUUUCCCUGGAAAAAGAUUAAACGAUCCUAGACUUCCAUUGCCCUCAAUCUUGUCUCAGCUACAAAUUGAAUUAGCUUCCAACAAAAUUCAAAAUAUAGCUGUCCAUACGUUGGCUGAAAUUUUGGUUCGCAAAAUGAAAGGUCUGAGAGUAACUUGCUGCAAAAGUGCUAAAGAUAGAACUGGAAUGGCCGUGACAUUGGAACAGACUAAUAUCUUAACAAAUGAUUUCGAUCUGGCGACAGCCGAGUUUCACAAGUCUCUACUUUGCAUGAGAAGUCAGGGGACAAGGAGAGAAAAUACAAGAAAAAAUGUAGGCGUCAACAAGUUUGCCUUCAAUCGGUUACAAUUGAUGGCUUUCCCUGAACUUUAUCGUCCUCCUCCCGGAACCUACGGCAACGUCCAAUCUUAAGUUAUGCUCGACUCCUUAACUAUAAUAUUUCUCCUGAAAAAUUCUACCUGAUAUGAAAAAUUCCUCUUCCAAGUAUUAGAUAUGCUGUUCGAAACAGUUGUAACUGACCACUUUAGACCUGGCAUCCCAGUAUUAGUUUCCUCUUCCAUUAAAUGAGUUUGGUUUUGUUUGAUCUUCAGAUUCCGUAUGUACCAUUAUGCGCGGAACAACCUAUUCUAAAAGUUCUCAUUCUUUAUAGUCAUCGUAGUAAUAUUUCGUCUUCUCAUCUCAUGUCUUCCCAUAUUUUAAAAUAUCAUUUACAUUUGCAUUGGUAGCUUUUGGGAUAACAAU